UUCAGAAUUAUAAAUAAUGUAGAACGUUUUCACCUUUAUUACCUGCCCAGACGGGCAAACGGGCAUGAACUAUAGUAUACAAACUUCCUUUUUUUGUUUUGUUAUUGUGAUAGUGCAGUAUGGUUUGGUUAAGAAACAAUGAGUUAGAGAUGGGAAAUCUGAACGGUAAAACUGAACAUGACGGAGAGGUUGAUGGUUUAGUGAAGAACGGAACCAAUGAACCCAAUGGAACUAAGGAUGGGGUAUUUAAUGAAUUCAACGAGGAUGACUUGCAUGACACAAGUAACGAAAGUAUUCAUGUUGACGAUGAAAUCACUAUAAAUAUCCGACCUCCAGGUUCACCUUCCAAACAAUUAAAAUCAACCUCGUUAAAUGAAAUUGAUGAAGAUAAUUCACACGCUGACUCCGUCCCAGUUCUGACCGAAGCUAACCCCACUCGAGAUUUUAAUGCCACAGUGCGCCAAGGAGGCACUGCCAGAGCUUUAACCUUUGAAGAGUUUAAUGUUGAAGAUAAGACUGAUAGAAUUACUAGUUCUCCAAAAGACAUUCACCUAAAACCAGAAAGGUGGAAGUUUAAAACCAGAAAGAAGAAGAAGAAAGGUGGAAGUAAAAAGAAUACUGAGGAUAUAAAAGUUGAUGAAGAAAUUAUACCAAAAACAGAAGUGCAAUCAGUAGAUCUAAAAUUGACAGAAGUUUGUGAAUCAAGUUUACAGCUCACUAGUGGAAACUCAGAAGAAAUGGCUCAAAAACUACGCAGAGUUUCGAUAAACCUUCCCCGAUAUACUUCUCCUAGUAAACAUGUUCCUGUUUAUCUUGAUAGCGCUGGUAACUCUGAACAAUCCAGCUCAGAGGAUGGACUCGCGAACAGACCUUCUGUCUGGAGAGAACCACUAGUCGAGUGUGAAGUAUGUGGAAGAGAAAUGUUGGGAAGGAAUAUACCCCGUCAUAUGCUAAUACACAAGAAGAGUAGGAAGUUUCAGUGUGUUCAAUGCAGUUUUAUAACUUUUGAUGUUCUUGAGUUGAAGAAACAUUAUCUCAAGCAUCACAAUCUGCCAAUGCCCUCAGUUUUGAAGCUAAUGCAGCAACUGUUAAAACCAGCUACGGCUAAGGUGGGAUCUAGAAGAACAUCAUUGGAUUCCGAGACUGGGAGCUCUGGAAGUUGUGAAAGUUCAGAUAAAUUGAUAACUCGGCGUUCAUCUAUAGCUACAGAAACUAUACAGCGAUCUUCUAUUCAGAUCAGACGAUCAUCCAAUCUAUCCGAUGUUGGAAUGAUCCGACGAUCAUCUAAUAACUCUGAUACGGAAAUAGCGAAGGAAAAAGUACCAAUUAUUAAAAGUGAAAAACCCUAUCAAAUUGAAAGUUAUGAUGCUGCAUCAGAACUCUCUGAAUCAUCAUGUGAAAGUAAUUCUGAUAUUGUGGAUUCCGUGAUAAGAGAUAUUCCGUACCUGAAAGUGCAUGAGCGAGUUAAACUAGACAAAGGAUAUCAUCCUUCUCAGAUCGGAGAACUUAUGAAAGUUUUUGCAUUAACUUGGCAUCCAAGUGUACCACAGAAGUUAAUUCUUGAAGAGAAGCUCGGUGUUCCGUUUACUAAGCUAAGAUACUGGUUCGAUAAUAACCGACGUAGAGUAUUAAAACUGCAGGAGAGAAAGAAAAACGAAGUUGUCAAAUUGGAGAAGACUCGUCCCCGUUCAGUACCUGAUCAGAGAUUAGAAAACAAAUAUUCAUCAACGGAUCCUGAUAAACAAGGUUGUUUGAGCCGUGUAAACCAGCUGACAGCUGAAGGUGAAGCUGUGUGUAUUGGUUCUGAAUCUGAUAUUUCCUACUGCAACAUGUGUAGGUUUACCUGUCCUAGCAGAGGGAACCUUUAUAAGCAUCUCAGUCUGCAUGGUUUGGAGUAUAAGAUCUGCUCCUCCAGAACCGAAGGUCCUGGUCCUGGUUGCAGAAAGAUUUUUACUCCGGAAACCUUUGAUAAGCAUAAGUGCAGUAAUGAUGCCCCAAUUCCUAUUGGUAAUUUCCCAUUAUUCAGGGAAGGAGUUAAACCUGUUGUUUCAAAUCAUGUUUCUGACACAGAGAAGGAUGAAGAAGAUUCAGAUUCGGAUACGGACCAAGAAGAUAAUGAUGAAAAUGACGAGGAAACUGAAGCUGAUCUAGUAGAUAAGCUCCUCAAGUCCGGGAAGGAGGUUUGCCUAGGGUAUGAUAUACCUGGAGAAUUGCAUCAAUGUAACUUCUGCCCUUAUUCCUGUCCUGUCAGAGGCAACCUUUACAAACAUAUUGGAUCUCAUGGUUUCCAGGAAAUCAAAUUCUGUAAAGAAAUCCGUGAAAACUCCAAAUUAUGUGACCCUACACAACGAGGUUGUAGGAAGAUAUUUCAUUUGGAUACAUACGACCUCCAUGUCUGUACUAAGGAUGACCCUAAGAGGUUGGGAGAUUUCAAAGUCUGUCGAGGUAAAAAUCCUAGAAUGAGAUCACCGCAGAAGUCAGAUCUGAUGAAGUCUCCUAAACUGAAGAAUAAGUCUAAGAAGAAAUUCUCUGUUCCUGAUGGCUCCCCAGCUAAGUUUUACUGUGAUGGAUACACACGUCUGUUUCAUAGAUUGGGUUCCAGGGAUAAACAUGCGUUUCCCAUGAACACGACGUUUCAACGGAACGGUCAGCUUGAGCUUGUUUACCUGACAGCAGGGCAGAUGCGGGCAGUUCGAGAGUUCUGUAUGGGUAGUGAGAAAUAUUUCUUGAAACCUCAGGCAGUUCCUAUCUGCUGCGAGUGCCUUGGUACAGAAGUGAGGAAUCCUCAAGGAGAACAUGAACCUCUUGUUUCCUGCUGGGGGUGUGGACAUUCAGUUCACCCCUCCUGUAGAGUUUACAGUACCGAGUUGGUGAGAUAUUUCGAGGAGAAUGGCUGGACCUGUGAUGAUUGUAAAUCCUGUAUAGUUUGUGAACUAUCACCUUCAGAAAGCGAGAAGUCAGAACAUCUGAUGAUAUGCGAAUAUUGUGAUCAAGGGGUCCACCACUCUUGCCUACACCCGCUACCUGACAAACGACCCAAGGUUUGGAACUGUGAUGAUUGUCGGAUAGCACGUGGAAUGCAGCCAAAUGGAAAUAUUAACAAGGCUAAACUUGAACUCCCUGAUGUUGUCAAGAAAACCGCAGCUAAGUCCUUUUUUGCAAACCGUUCUAUACUGGGAUUUGAUGAGGACAGUUGUGAGCCUUUACCUCCCCCCCUCUCUCCUCAACAACCUUUACACCACGGUAAGGAGAUCAUCAAUAUCUUAACAGAGGACGAGGGUUGCGAUAAGCUCAGUGCCCCUGCCUCCCCUGCUAAAUGUUUGUUUUCUCCGGAGAAGCCUUCUCAUCCCUCCCCGCCCCCUUCCCCGUCCAAACGAUCUUCUGCCCCUCCCUCUCCAGACAAGAGAACUCCAGUACAUGUAUCUCCUAGAAGAUCUCCUAGACCUGAAAUCCUUCCUGUUUCUGAAAUAUUUGCUCCUAAAGAAUUAACCUCGAUGAACGGAGGUGAAGAUUAUCUUGAACCUGAGAAUAAGCUCAUUAUCCAAUCUCCUGAGAAGAACAAGCGGAUUGAUAAACCUGAGGAAGAUUCCGACGAUCAACCAAGGAAGAAGAAAUCAAAAUCUGAAUUUAAGUCCAAAGAAAGCCAAUGUGAAUCUGAUUCUGAGGAUUUAAAUCCCCCAGACGAGAAUAUGGGCGGAGAAAUGAAAUCUGCACUUCAGCAUAUUCCCGACGAUAUUAGGUAUAAUCCUCAAAGCUUAGAGAAUAAACCUAAAGGUUUAGUUGACGCUUUAUCAAACUUCUUCACUCCAGGACUAAAACGGACUUCAAGAACUGCACUAAACUCCCUUCUUAAACCUGAAUCCAAAACCUGUGAUAAAGAUUCUGCUCGAUCUGAAGAACCGAAGAAAGUUCGACUCAGUGUUGAAGAGAACGAACACAAGGAUGAGGAGAGAAAGGAAGGUGACCAUGAGCGUAAACGUCACGCGUCUGCUGGACAACAGCAGGUGAAAAGUCUGUAUGACGGACUGAGUCACCUGUACAGCGACUGUGACUCUCGACUGCGAAGUGUACCGAUGACAAACUACAAUGAGAAAGGUCGGGGAGAGAAUUCAGGUCCUAUAGAUCCAACCAAGGCUGGGAAAAGUCCUGAAAGGAUAUCUAGUCCUCACAGGAUGAGUGAUACUGAGCUCAAAGAGUUGGAGAAGACUGGAGUAGAAAAGAAAGGAGGAGGAAAAGAAAAAGGAAACAAACGUGAGAAGAAGCGCUUGAAUGCUGCACUACCUGCCGGUGUGACGGAGAAGGAUGUACAGAUAUUUGCUACAGCGCAGGAUCAGGCCAAGGCUUUUCUUGCUGAGGAGAAUAAGGGGUUAUUGGCUCAUGAAGAACCUGCUACUCCAACUCCUAAGGUUCCCAGUACCCCUAAGGCCGUCCAUGGGACUCCUAAGGCCGGAACACCUCAUAACCGUGCUCCUGUAGUCCCUAGUUCUAGUCCAGGAACUUCGAUGCGUUCUCCCCAGAUGAUACAGUUUGGGAAAUACGAUAUAUCGACCUGGUACAGUUCACCAUAUCCUCAGGAGUAUGCUCGGUUACCUAAACUCUUCUUAUGUGAGUUCUGCUUAAAGUACAUGAAAUCUCGACCUAUUCUUGACAGACAUUUAACUAAAUGUCCCUGGAGAAGACCACCGGGUACAGAGAUAUACAGGAAGGAUGAAUUAUCAGUUUUUGAAGUGGAUGGGAACACGAAUAAGAUCUACUGUCAGAACCUCUGCUUAUUGGUUAAACUCUUCCUGGAUCAUAAAACCUUGUACUACGAUGUGGAACCAUUUCUCUUCUAUGUGCUCACUCAGAACGACUCCGCUGGUUGUCAUCUGGUUGGGUACUUCAGUAAGGAGAAGCACUGCUUGCAGAAAUACAAUGUGUCCUGUAUCAUGACAAUGCCGCACUGUCAGAGGAAGGGUUAUGGAAGGAUGCUCAUUGAUUUCUCUUACCUCCUCUCUAAACGGGAGAAACAACCGGGGACACCGGAGAAACCGUUGUCAGAUUUAGGUCGCGUUUCUUAUCAUUCAUACUGGAAAUCUGUUAUAUUAGAACACCUGAAAGGAAUGCGUGGCAGAGUGCACGUGACCCUAAACCAGUUGGUUGCAGAUACUGCACUUCAUCCGAGAGAUAUAGCAUUAGCAUUCAUGCUUCUAGGUUUUAUUCGGAAAUCUGUUGAUAAUAAGUUUAUCUUGGCUGUUGACUGGAACCGGGUUGACCAGCAUGCUGCAGCUGUAGCUGCAAACACAACCCGGAUACAGUUGGAUCCGGAUGCAUUGAUGUGGAGUCCUACUCCUCCUCCGGGCAUUCUUUUCGACAGUCCUAUGAAAUCUGAAGGAAGUGAAGCAGACUCAGACGUAGACAGUGAUCGGGAGGAACACAAGAACGAAAUAUCGGCUUUGGGAAACUCUAAAGGGUUGGUUGGCGGGGCGUCGGUAACAUCUAAACAUAGACGCAAAAAAUUAAGUCGGGCAAAUAAGUCCAGCUGUCACAGGGAAGUCAAGCGCGAAAGCGAUGGUGGAUCUGCUGAUGGCGAACAGUCUGAUGACUCAGACGUGGACAGUCCGACAAUCGGCGAUGCAAAAUAUCUUAAGUCGUCGGCAAAAGUUUCCCAAAAUCGUUCAAGAAGUUCUUUCUUGAAAUCACCAAAAAUGUCUGAUCAAAGGAAAGCAAGGAGAAAGUCUCGUAAAAUAGAAUCAAGUGAAGACAGUGACAAGUCCAUGGAUGACUCGGAACCUUUUCAUCGAGGUGGCCGAAAAGCUGCAAAGAAUGCUUCUUCAGCAAUUUCUAAAACUAUAUCAAAACAACAGAAGCGCAGUGAUUGUGAUGAAACAUCAAAAUCUGAUUCAGAAUCCGAGAAUGAGAGAAAUAUUUUGAAACAUCAAAGAAAGAAAGAAUCUACCAAGCACACGUCAAUUAGAGAUCGAGAUCUAAAGGAUAAAUCCAAGUUUAAACGGAACAUCUUGUUGGAGUCAGAUGAGAGCCAGGACGAGAACAAACCUCCUGAGAAAUCUGUUCAGUCAAGUAAGAAAAAAGAAGAAAGAUUGCGAGCUGAGGUUAAAAAGAUAUCAGUUUCAAACCCUGUGAUAAGUGAAGAUAAUUCCGACCACAUGCCUGAGCUCGAACCUCAAGUCCAGGUCACUAUUCCAAAAUCUAAGGAGAAACCCAUUUAUCCAUCUGAGAAAAAAGAUAAGAAAUCGGAAAAAAUCAAACAGAAGUCGCUGAAGGACUAUAUGAAAAAAGACAGGACAGAGCAUAGGAAAUCUGAGUCCUUGAAGAAAGAAUCCAAAACUGGGGAAAAAUCCGUAAUUGAUAAAGGUCAGAGACAUGCUAUUGAAAAGAAUUUUGGCAUUAAUCAAGGAUAUUUAACAGCUUUCGAGUCUUUCAUACAACUUGACAAUACGACAGAAGAAAGCAUGCCCGAAAAGAUCAUCUCACCAGUAAAACAAAAUGACAAAUUAGACAAACUAAUGCAAAUUAUGGAUAAGAAAAGCCCUGAACAGAAGUCAAAAAACUUGUUAUGUGGAAGAGGAACCGGCAAGACAGAAUCAAAUAAUGUAUUAUUAACACCAUCUUCACUACAUCCUAAGAACGCUCUCAAGGCAGAAAAAAGAAAAGAAAUCGAGCGGGAGCGGUUAGAGAAACAAAAACAUAAAAAAGGCUUAUUUGAUUCUCAUUUGGAUACUAAGACUGGCAAUAGAAAAGAUCGGGAACGAGAGUUGAAUAAAGAAAAGGAAAGAAUCGAAGAAAAAGAGAAGACUAACGAUAGGUUAGAGAAAGAAAAGCUGAGGAUAGAAACUGAAAGGAUAGAGGCUGAAAAGCUCAAAGAACUGGAGGACAUCAAAAGAAAGGAAAGGUUAGAACGGAAAAAACUAGAAAGAGAAGAAAGGAAGCGUCAAGAAAAGGAAAUGAAAGAGAAAUUAGAAAAGGAAAAAGAAAAGUUAAAAGAGAAUGAGCUCAUGAUGAUGGAAAAGCGGAAGAAGAUUCAAGAAAAUCGCUUAGCAGAACAAAGUCGACAGGAGAAACUUUCCAUAGCCUUGCCUUCAACUACUCCUGAACAUUCCAAGCUUUCAGAUGGCUCUCCUCCAUCUAAACCAGUCGAAACGCCUUGUUCUGACGACUCGAAACCUAGGCUUAGUGACGCUGAGACAGAUGUUAAAACUCCUAAAAAGUUAAAACGCUGGCUUCCUGAGAAUGAGAGUCCUGAUCCUAAGAAGAAUUUUAUUAAAAAGCAUCAGGAGCAGCUUGAGGAACAAGCCCGUCUCUCCUCUCAGGAGGUCUCAUCCAACAGGGAAGGUUCCAAGGAUUCUGCAAAGAUGAGGAAUAUUGGGCCCAAUAUUGAGGAGAAGCAUGAUUCUAUGUGGGAGAAUCUUGGUUAUAAUUCUGGAGAUGAUGUUGUUAAGUUUAGUGAUGAACAGCUCAAUAAAAAUCCUCCCCUAAAACCUGAACUGAAAGCUGAGGAGGAGGAAACUGUUGACAGACCUGAACCUAAACCUCAAACUGCCGAGGUUGCUCCCAUUGAAACAACUGUUGAAGUUGAGGUUGCCAAAGCUCCAGAAGAACUUAAUGUACCUGAACCAUUAGUUGAACCCACUUCCUGUAUGGAGCAGGAGAAAUUACAACAACAGCAACUUCAGCAACAGUCUUCUAGCCAACAGGAACCACAGCAAUGUAAUCAACAGCAAGCACAACAACAAUUGCCACAGGUUCCAAUUGAGCAGUGUGCUGUUCUUCAGGAGCAGCAGAGAAAAUUGGAGCAACAGCAACUUCAACCUCCUGUUCAAAUGGAGCAUCAACAUAUUGAACAUCAAACAAUGGAGCAGCAGCAGCUAGAGCACCAUAUUGAUGCUACCCAACAGCACAUGGAGCACAACCACCUUGAGCAACAGCAACAACAACAGCAGCAGCAUGAAGCUACUCAGCAACAGUAUAUGGGAGAUAUGAGCGGGGGUUACUAUCCAACUGGAGAUACAGGGGAAGCGGGAAAUCAAUUCUAUGGAACUAAUGAUAAGACAGAGCAAGGACAAACAAUGGGAGUUUAUACUCCAGACUCGAGUACAAACUCUGUACAUUCUAUGCAUGGGUUUCCAGGGCAUGCUGGAGAUGGUGGCGAGUUCCAUGGAGGAACUGGAGAUACAUCAACAGAAUACCAUCCUGCUACUGAUACUAACCCGGAGUAUCAACACUCUGCUGCAGAUACAUCUGCAGAAUACUCGCAUGCUGAACCCUCAGAAUCUGUUCAUAACUCAACUGUGAUGGAAAGUCCGAACAGUAUUGGUAGUGUAGAGAUACCUCAGGUUUAUGACAGCAUGUCUGGGCAUCAUAGGUUACCAGCCAACUCACCCCAGCAACAGCUCUCAGCAAUGCAUAGUAGUAUGACAAAGCUAAGUCCACAUCAUCAACAAGGAAUCACGGCUCAAUCCCCUCAUCCACUUCCCAUACAGUCUCCUCAUCCUCAACCCUCACCUCACAACCAACAAUCCUCGCCUCAUCCUCAGAUAAUACCUCAGAACACAUAUACUAGUAUCCCCCAUCAGUCCCCUACACCUCAACCUACAUAUCCAACCAGUAGAUCUUCUCAAUCGUCUAAAUCUCCCCGUCAGCACAACAGACAAGCAGCAGCACAUUUAUCCGCUCAACAACAAGCUGCUCAUCAAGCAUUCACAGCCCAAUAUAUCCAGCAGUAUGGAGCAGCGAUGAAGCAGCAUUCUGCCAACCAAAUGUAUCGACAUGAUCCUGCAGCAUUUACAAUGUUUUCUGGAACCAUGUUCCCAGCAACUACAGGUGUAGGACACACUCCACCUUCUUUACCUUCACAUCAUGCUUCUAGAUCUGCUCAUCACAUGGAUCCACAUGUUCAACAGGUGGCUUCAGCUCAGGCGGGAUUUUAUCCAAAUCAGCAACAUCCCAGCGGGCAUCCUUCAAGUCUAGUCUCUCUUCAGCAGUUAACACAGCGUCUAGAUUUCCUUCCUCCUGUUCCACAACACACCACUCCUCCUAAAUCUCCACCAAGACAAGCCAAAACUACAAAAUCCUCCCGAACAGCAUCUUCUGGAAGUGUACCCGCUGUUCCACCCACUCAUCAUGGUUUAGCACUACCUGGAUACGGGUAUCCUACUCAUGGUAGCGGAGUGUCCUCUCAGCGGGGGACAGUACAGUCACGUUCACCCAAUGUUACAAUUAAUCCAAGUCUCAUGCAGUACAACGCCAUGCAGUACAAUGCAUACAAUGCUGCUAUGCUCAAUCCUGCGCUGGUUAACCAGAUGUAUCCUGGCCACUAUGAUCCUCAGCGGGGAGCCAGCUCCCAGAUGUAUGGAUACGGUCCUCCUUACAACAUUUAUCAUCGUUGAUAUAAUUCUCUCCUCUAGUUGGCUGUGUUCAUCAUACAUAUUAAGAUGGAUUAGUGUGAUCUCGACAUUUAGGACUUGUCUUUCAAGAAUAUAAUUGAUGUGCGAGCAUAGAUUACACAGAUAGGACAAGUCGUAGUUCUACCCGGAGAACUUAGUACGGUUUACGUUUCAACCUUUCAAUAAUUAUCAACAUACAAACUAUUUGUGUAAUCUGUGUGUAUGUGAGCCUCAGCACAGCUCUGGAUUCAAUCAGCCUCAACCGUAUUUACUGUUGUUUUUCAAUAAUUAUUUUAAAUAUGUAUUGGAAGUUUAAUAAAAUAUCAAUUGUAAUUUUGUUGUUGCUGUCGUCUACUGUGUUAUAAUAGUACACUGUGGACAAUGAUAAAUAAAUGAAAUUUAAUGAAA